AUGGCUCCUGCUUUAGACUGGGGAAAGCUCAUGAAAGUGGAUCCAGAUGUUCUUCCCAAUCAAGAAAGAUUAGCAGAGAAGAUGUUGAAAACCUUGUCACAGGUGACUAGCACAGACUUAAAAGAGGAGACAAAUGAAAAUUUGAUACAGAUUUUUCGAAUUACACAGUCUUUAAUGAAGAUGAAAUCUCAGGAGGUAGAUCUUGCCUUAGAAGAGGCAGAAAAAGCGGGGGAAGAGCAAGCCAAAACUGAAAACCAACUAAGGAAUAAAAUCAAGCAACUGGAAAAUGAAAUUGAGAUGGCACAGCUCUCCACUGGAACUAGAGAUUCACGUUUUUUA